CCAGCAGUAAGUUGUCCACUACUGGUUUUGCCCUACUCGCUACAAUUUGUUCAUCCUAGCCACCGCGGAUAAGCCGUACUUUUGCUUCGGAUCGCCGGCGCCGGGCGAGAAUGGAGGGCGUCUCGUACCAGCGUUUCCCUAAGGUCAAAAUACGUGAGAUGAAGGAUGACUACAUGAAGUUUGAACUCCGGGAGACUGAUGCAAGCAUGGCGAACGCCCUCCGGCGCGUAAUGAUAGCUGAGGUACCGACCAUUGCGAUCGAUUUGGUGGAGAUCGAGGCCAACUCAUCUGUCCUAAACGACGAGUUCAUUGCCCACCGCCUCGGGCUCAUUCCCCUUGUGAGUGAUGACGCCAUGGGGAUGCGCUUCUCUCGCGAUUGUGAUGCAUGCGAUGGUGAUGGACAGUGCGAGUAUUGCUCUGUUGAGUUCCAUCUUAACGUCCGCUGCGACUCGGACCAGACGUUGGACGUAACGAGCAACGACCUACGCAGCACGGAGCCCAGGGUCAUUCCCGUUGACGUUGCAACCCGUUCUCUCGCUUCUGAAAGUGGCGGCUUUGACUCCCCGGACCAGAGGGGCAUAAUAAUUGUAAAGUUGAGGCGUGGACAAGAACUGAGAUUAAGGGCAAUCGCUAGAAAGGGAAUCGGUAAGGAUCAUGCAAAGUGGUCACCUGCUGCUACUGUAACCUUUAUGUAUGAACCAGAGAUUCAUAUUAAUGAAGAACUGAUGGAAACCUUAACACUCGAUGAGAAAAGAACUUGGAUUGAAAGCAGCCCCACCAAAGUUUUUGACAUUGAUCCUAAUACCUAUCAGGUAAGAGUUGUUGAUCCUGAGGCUUACACUUACGACGAAGAAGUUAUAAAAAAGGCAGAGGCCAUGGGAAAGCCAGGGCUGGUUGAAAUCUAUGCCAAAGAAGACAGCUUCAUCUUCACAGUGGAGUCCACUGGUGCGAUAAAAUCUUAUCAGAUGGUAAUCAAUGCAAUUGAAAUCCUUAAGCAAAAGCUCGAUGCGGUUCGCCUGCAGGAUACAGUGGAUGCCGACAUUGGAGAACUGACUCAACAUCUUGGACGUGGACUGUGAUCUUUAUUAGGUUUAGGGUUUAGGUUUCUUGAGCCAAUGAUUGGCUGUAUUUAUGUAUCGUCAACUGCGCACCACCUAGGGUUUAUAAAUGUUCUUGGGGACUCCACCGAAUUAUUGCGGGGAUAUUGUUUACAUUGGCCUUUAACCUUUUCUAAAUUUUGGUGUUUUUUUUUUCACCUUUAUUUA